AAUUUAAAUAACUAAAUUCACAGCAUUUACUGUUUAAAUUAAAUUAAUUAACCUCAGAAAUGGACGGAAAACAUCAAUGCCCAACUUGCGGUAGAACAUUUUCGACAAAACAAAAUUUAAAGAGACACAUGCGGACUCACACAGAUGAGAAGCCGUUUAAAUGCAAUAUCUGCGAACGUCAUUUUUCGGAUAAAACCAAUUUAAGACGGCAUUUGCUAUCGCAUUCGGAUGAAACACCAUUCAAGUGCAAUUACACAGGUUGUGGAUGGAGCUUUAAAUGGAAAAAUAAUUUAGAACGACACGUGUACAGAAAGCAUCCUCAAGAGAUUUUAUCUAAAAUUCCAGCAGAUGACCCGAAGAUACAAAGCCGUAUAUGUCACAUUUGCAAAAAACCUUAUGAAAAUUUAUAUAAUUUAAAAAUCCACUUGAGAACCCACAACAGAGAACGGCCAUUUACUUGUAAUUUCUGCAACAGUACAUUCCUGUACAAACAUAAUUUAAACAGACACAUCAGAAAUUUCCAUGCAGGAGAGGAAAGUCCAUCUUGCUCCCAGGAUGUAAAAGACGAUAUUAAAGACGAUAUAAGUGAGAGGAAAAGAAAAGAAUUUGAUCCCUGCUUUAGUGCCGCGAUCGAUUCCGACGAAGAACGAAAACAACGAGAAGAAAUCAUUUUUGGAAUGACAAGUGACACAUCACACGAAACUGACGACAUCUACGAAGACACUACGUUCGGAACAGAUGUGGUACCAUCGACAUCUUUCGAUCUGUUCCCAGAAGUAAGAAUCGAUCGAUAUGAAUUGGAAUGUGUCUUGUGUCAAGUUAAAUUUGACGACGAACUUUCUCUGCAAGAACACAUAAAAAAGUAUCAUUAA